CUAGAGUCACCUCCAACGGUUCGAGCUCACGUGGUUCUCUAGGAAGACACUCCGUCUCUCCCUUCCCUACUAUCCUUGAUCAAAUCGUGGGUGACGCUAUGACGGAUCAAGAAUUCGAACAAUAUUUGGGAGGUAGAACCGACGCCAAUCUUCCUACUCUUGAAGAUAUAUUCAAGGACAUUGAUGAAGCAGAAAUGGACGUGGAGCCUACACCCCAGAGCAACAAUCCUACCGACGCCGACGAGGAAGCAGGUGAGCCCGAGACCUCUCUAGGUCCAGGGAAAGUGGAAGCUGUAAGUCAUCAUCAGUACCCGGUGGUUCUAAUACCCGGAAGCGGCAGCAACCAGCUGGAAGCCCGGCUGACGCCGAAGUACAGAUCCUCAAGCUUGCUGUGCAACCGGUGGUACCCUCCGAAGAAGGACGCGGGUGGGUGGUUCAGGCUGUGGUUCGACCCGACCGUGCUGUUCGGACCCUUCACCAAGUGCUUCAACGAGAGGAUGAUGACUAUUUAUGAUCCAGAGACGGGUGAUUACCACAAUGCCCCUGGUGUUGAGACUAGAAUCCCUCAUUUUGGGUCAACUGAAUCCCUGCUUUAUUUGAAUCCCAACCUCAAAAUGCUGACAUUCGCGUCAGGGAAUACACUAGGAGUCCCCUUAGUCGACCCGUUACUUGUAAGGGAAGAACAAAGGAGUAGUUCAAGUAACAUGUGGCUUUUGCCCUCACCUAAAGUGUUCGACGUGACCAAGCCAUUGGUGGUCACGCCCAAAGCCAAGUAUUCAAGUUCUGAUAUCGCGAGGUUCCUCCAAGACAUUGGGUUUCCCGAAGGAGUUCGUCCUUACGAGACGCGUGUUUUGCCUUUGGUGGAGAGUUUUCCAGCACCCAAUGUCCCAGUGACGUUAAUCAUUGGCAGUGGGGUGAAAACGGCGGAGGAAUUGAUAUACAAAGACUCGGACUUUGACAAGUCCCCGGAGAUCAAGUAUGGGGAUGGCGAUGGGACGGUGAACCUGGUAAGCCUGUUGGCAUUAGAAUCGGCGUGGGGUGGCAAGGAAGAUCAACUCAUUAAGGAAGGCAUCCUUAGUCCUACGGAAGUACUUAAGGAUGUUCUUCACAGCCGUCCAAUGGCUUUCGCCAGGGUUGGACUGCUCUAUCGUGGCUCCGCCACCGCCACUACUUCUUACCACUUAUCUAUGGCAUCUUUGUCUUCUCGACACCUCAAAUCUCCCUUUCGCGCUCUGACUACAAACCCAACCUCUGGUUCUAUUAAUGGAGAAUUUCCAGCGGCUCUUGCCUGCAAGCCUAACGUGAGUGGAAGGGAAUUUCGUGUAUCUAUUGCCAAGAAAUUCGAACUGAAUUGCCUGAAACACAUAGGAAUGGAUGCCACUGUACCAGUCCCCAUUGGUGCCCCUGCUCAAUGCAUGGAUAUGGAGGGCAAGGCACCUACGGAGCAAUGGGAGCCAAAAGAGCCAAGCUUUUCAACAGUGCUGAUGAAUUUUUCUGAUGAACUCGACCCUUACGAUGCCAUGAGUACUCCUUUGUAUCAGACAGCUACUUUUAAGCAGCCUUCAGCAACAUAAAAUGGCCUUUAUGAUUAUACAAGGAGUGGAAAUCCAACAAGGGAUCUACUAGAAAAGCUUCUUGCCACAAGUUAUAUGGUGGUUCAGAUCGGCUAUUGUCACAAGUUAUCCCAAGAAGUGGAGUUGUUGUGAAGCGAGUUAACACAACUAAUCUAGAUGAAGUUGCAUCAGCUAUGGGAACAAAGACAAAGCUUGUGUGGCUAGAAAGUCCUACAAAUCCUCGUCAACAAAUUUGUGACAUCCGUAAAAUUGCUGCUAUGGCUCAUGCACAUGGGGCUCUCAUGCUGGUAGAUAACAGCAGCUGGGA